GUCUUAUUCAAUCUGGCCUUUUUUCUGCUGUAUGUUUGCAUUGCAUCACGAGAAAAGCUUUGUUCUUGCUUUUUUAAGGUCUGUGUUGAUCAUCUGGAAAAGGAAAUUAUUGUUUUGGAAUAAAGUCUGGAAAAAGUCUUGAAUUUUGUAUUCAAACCUCUGUACAAACUCUGGAAAUACCAAGUGCUUUAAAAGCAUAAUGUAAGAAAAGGGAGUGAUUGUUUAGUAUGUCCCAGAAGAGGGGUGUAGGGGUUUUCUGAAUAUAAUGUAGAACCUUGCACUUCACUCCCCCCAAAAAAAGUUCAUGUGAAAAUUGCACCCCCCGGGCAAUAAUAACUUUUGAAAUGUGCCCCUUCCCCCACCUCUCUCAGACAAAGUUUGAAGAUGUUCAUUCCAUUAUACUCUCCUUUAUUGAUAUUUUAAAAAGCUAUUGGAUACCUGUAGUCUUUUUUAUAAGUAAAUACAUGUAUACUGCAGUUCUAAGUCGUAUCAUCCAAUAUAACAGCUAGUUAAUUUAAUAAUGAUGCAUGUAAGGUUUAGGCAUCUCUCAACUAGCAUUAGAAUAGCUGUGAAAUUCAAGACAAGUCAAUGAGUGGAAAGUAUUAUGCAGUUGACUCCAGAUAACUCUAACCUUCACUAAUUUGAACCUAGCACUACCCCUGGAUUUCCUUUGUACAUUAAUGUUACUAUAAUUUUACCCUUGGUAAUUUUAACCUGCAGUAACUUGAAACAUAAAAACCUUUUGAAUGUACACAUUGUGGCAAGUGUUUUAGUCAUCUAGGAGUUCUUAAGUGGCACAGAGAGGUCCACAUUACAAAAAUGUUGCAUAAAUGUGACAGUAGCAAAGGCCCAUUUAAAUGUGUGCUUUGUAAUGGUAAGAAAGCAGGAAGUAAUAUAAGGGCAGGAUUGACUAACAGCACACUGUCACAGAAAGGGACUGGAAACAGUGAUGUGGAAGACCAGCGAUGAGCCAUCAUUAACCCUUUAAGUCCCAAUAGUGACUCACAGCCAAUUUCUGCCAACAAUAACACAGCCUGAUCAAACAGACAGGUCAUGAGAAUUAAUGAAAUGAUAAUCCAAAGAUGAAAUUAAUGUUGUGGCGUUACAAAAAAAAAAUUUCUCAAGCGGUACCAUACGAAGAACAGUGUGGAGAAGAUGCAUGUUGAUGUUGGGACUUAAAGGGUCUAUAGGUAGCAUAGCUGCUGGAUUUGUCAAGCGGAGAUAAGUAGUGAAUCACUUCUUCUUCAUCAUUAUGAAAACCAUAUGAGGCGUGUAGCUGGAGAUGGCUUCUAAAGUUGACAAAUACAAAUCUUGGGGGAGGAGGCCCCUAAAAUCUUAGGAAUCUGGAUGGGAGGGCACAAGAGAAAUAGAGAAAAUUUUGUAACUGGGGAGGACAGGUUUCAACGGCGGCCAUAGUGCUGGAAGCAGAGAUAAGUUUAUACUCAAUCUGGGUUUAGUUGGAGUAAACAUAAAUUGAGUGCCCUGGCUUUAAAAAGGAUAUGGCUUUUUUCGAUGGGGUUGCUAUUAUUAAGGCAGGGUAGCCAAAGUUGUUUAAGUGUUGUGAUCAAACAAUGUGUAGUUCCAGAAAAUAUCCAUACCCCCCCCACGGAGGGUUGUUUACAGUUUGAGCCCCCACCCCCCCGGAUUUUCCGUUCCAGAGGGCUUCAGGUUGCUCCCCCCUACCCCCUGGAAUUUCCAUGAUUUUUUCACUUGGUCGCCCCUACCCCUAGGAAAUUCCAAAUCCACAAAUAAAAAGACUUCAUUGAUUUAUUUUGGUCUACUUAGUGCCGAAAUAAAAUUUAGCCGCAGCCGAUUAUAGUUACAAUUCAGAUAAAGACGUAAAGCGGUAUAAUUUUCACGUAAGCGAUUUGGCCAUACCACACUUGCUAUUUCAUGGAACAUUAUUUAUGGAGAUAUUCGCUAGGUAAGGUACAAAAUUGCUGGAGGAGGCUAUGAGAUUUAAUUUUCUUAAAAAUGACCGUGGAAAAUUCUAGACGUAUGAAUAGACGCGCCUCUCGCUUCCUCUAUUUUGAAAUGUUCAAACUCUAACAACUGAGCUUAUUAACACUAUAGUUCUGGCAGCUGACCUUUCGUCUGCUUAAUUGACAGAAGAUUUCAUUCAAAAAAUAUCUAAGAAAGUACUGAAAGUUGACGGUAUCAUCAACGUUUUGUAACCUAGUCGAAGUUUGUAAUUUAUGCAUAGACGAAACAACGUAUCGAAUUACUUUAAACACGAAAUGACUAUAAUAUUACAUCAUUCUUGUUUUUGCUGUCAAAGCAAAACUCAGGAAUUGACUCGAUGCUAAUUUCCAUGAUAUUUUUUGUACUUUGCAGGUGUAAUUUUAUCUACAUGUAGUAUAAUGUGCGAACAGUACUGCUAACAAAUGUUGUUUUCCUGUGUGGAGCCGUGAAGUGACUUCGCUUAUCAGCGGGAAUCAUAAUCCGUCACGCAACAUGUUUUUUAAAAACUUAAGUUCGUCUUUCAACAGGAAUACUUCAA